AACCAAGCGUCAGUCCAAAUAAACCCGACGGUGCGGGCAGUCUGCUUGGUGCCCGCCUCAGUGGAUAAGGCCUCGACAGUAUGGUGUGAAUUUAAUUUUUGUUACCCACACUGACACAGAGAGAAUCAAGAAAACGCAGUCCAUUUUAAUUGAUUCACCGCAGGAGACAACGAAGAAGUCAGGAAAACAAACGUCUGCAUUUGCAUACUAGAUAUGGAUACAAAUGACGACCGAGGAGCUGGUGAAGCUAUGCUGAAAGGAUCAGGUGCUCGGAGAAUGGCCACAUCUUCCGGAUGGAGGAAGAUGUUGAUGUGUUGCUUGAAACCAGAAGAAGACGAUGUUCAAGUAUUGGAUUAUGAGCACUCGAGCUUAAGUGACGUUCCAGCUGAAGUUUUUAACCAUGAAAGAACGCUGGAGAUCCUCCGACUCGAUUGCAAUCAAAUCGCUGAUUUGCCUCGACCACUUUUUCAUUGCCAUGGUCUCAAAGAGCUUUGGCUCUCCGAUAAUGACAUUUCUGUAUUGCCCCCCGCGUUGGCCUCUCUCAUCCAUCUACAGGUCUUGGAUAUCUCAAAAAAUUCUCUGACCGAAGUACCUGACGCCAUUAGCGGUCUGAAAGCACUGAUUACUUUGGACCUGAGCGUCAAUCCGCUCGGUAAAUUGCCGGAGGGCGCAACUAAAUUACUCUCGCUCGAGUCGCUCAACCUCUCCGACACGUUCCUCGAAUUCCUCCCGGCCAACUUUGGUCGUUUGACCAAAUUACGAUUGCUUGAGCUAAGAGAAAACCAACUGGCCAGUUUACCUAAAUCUAUGGCCCGUUUGACUGCAUUGAAACGACUGGACAUGGGGCAAAACGACUUGUGUGACCUGCCUGAAGUCGUCGGAAGUAUUCCGUCUCUCACUGAAUUAUGGGUGGACGGGAACAAGUUGGACGUGCUUCCUGAAUUUUUGGGUCAUUUACAGAAUCUGGUUCAUUUGGAUGCAUCUCGAAAUUGUCUCCACGGCAUCGCACCAACCAUCGGACUAUGCAAAUCGCUUACUGAUUUAUCAUUAACAUCCAACAACUUGGCCAAUCUACCCGAAGAAGUAGGCGAUUUGACUCUGUUGACCGUAUUACGCGUCGACGAUAAUCGCUUGACUUGCCUGCCAGAUUCACUUGGCCGUCUGUCACACUUAGAAGAAUUGCAGGCCGGACAAAAUCGAUUGUCAAAACUUCCGACAUCGAUCGGCUUACUUCGCAAACUAGAAACGUUGAUGCUGAAUGAAAACCUGCUAGACGAGCUUCCAGUAGAGCUGGGCUCGUGUCAGCGUCUGACCGUCUUGUCGUUGCGGAAAAACCGACUGGAUCAUCUCCCACCAGAGAUGGGUCAUCUUUCACGUCUUCGUGUGGUCAAUCUGAGCUGUAAUCGUCUACUUCAUUUGCCCGUCUCGUUUCUCAAGUUGCCUUCGCUAUCUGCUCUUUGGCUUUCAGAGGCACAAACAAAACCGGUUGUGCCGCUCCAGACGGACAUUGACUCCAGCACCGGUCACAAGGUUUUGACUUGCUUCCUCUUGCCACAGUCAGCCGAUCCGGAGGCAGAAGAACAGACACCAGCAGAUAAGGGCAGCCCCAAUGUCGUGACUGCUCGUUCGCCCACUCAUAUCAAAUUUGCUUUCGAUGGAGAAGCCGAUCCAAAAGCAGGUAAAUUGAUGAGGAACCCAACCCCAUACCCGAAGGAGUUGAAGGCCUUGGCCAAACACGCCCAGCAUAUUCAACAACAUCAUCCGGUUUCUCCAACAUCCCGCAAUAGCGUGGAACUACCUACCACUGGUACCACUAGCUCUUCGUCCAGCGAAUCUAAUGCAAAGUUGAAGAAACAGCCAGAGCCCCUUCCAGUUGCUGUCGUUCCUCCUCAGCCCGCUGCGCCUUCUACGACGAUCACUGUCCAUGUCGAUCCGUCGGUGACGAUCGUUUCCAAAUCGUCAGACGAACCCAGGCCAGUCCAGAGCGAGCCGAGCAAUGCCCCGGUACGACCGAAGCCAGAAAUUGUGCUGGAAUCUCCGCAACCCCUUGCCGCACCGUCGAACGAGUCACAGCCUGAAGUUCCUCCAUUACUGCCUCUGGUUCAUACGGCCUCUCCGUUGCAAUCCAAACGUAAUGUUUCUGUAGAAAACUUGGCCGAUCCGGAAGUUGAUCCGCCGAAGCCAAAUGGCAUUCCAGCAGCAGCCGAACAUUCACCUAGAUCUGCUGAAAUCGAAAUAAAAGAAGCUCGAGUGCUUCGACCGUUAAUGUCAGCAGCAGAUGGAUUAGACAAGGUGAAGAACCCCACAGAUGUUGUUGACCGGUCCAGUCAACCGGACUUGACGGCAGAAAUCAAGCAACAGCAACAACCACCACCGUAUCACGUUGCGGCUGUUUACUCAAAACGUGCAGCUGAGUUCAAUCACGCGACUAGUUUGCCGCGCACACAGUCAACUGACAGUGGAUUCACGGUUGAAGGCACUUCGGGUGAGAGGAGAGAUAGCAGCCCCAGCCGUGACAGUGGACGCGGACCUUCUAUUGAACCGCUUGAAGACAAUGCGCAGCCAUCUGGAAGCCCAGGGCCUGUUCAAUCUGUCGUGGCAGCUAAACGUCCCGUUGAUUUGCCCUUGAAUGGCAGUUUGGCAGACAGGGAGAAAAUGACACCGCUUGCUCUAAAGAGAGCCACCUACAUCAUAGAUAAUAGUCUGAGUCCCAACGACGGCAACGAAGCAGUGGAAGAAACGGGAGACCUUCAAUCAGUGGCGGCAUUGAGACAAGCAGCCCGCGAAGUGUUUCUGUCCGCUUCUCCAAAGGAAAGUCCGCUUCCAGGGCAUAAGCAGACCUCCUGGGAUGUUCCAAUUUCCGUCCACACUGCAAAUGGGUCCUCCAACACUCUAAGUGCCGCUAACGUUGUUGGACUCCCACCUGCUGGAAACUCAUCUGAGAAUGGCGGCCAACAACCACCGGCCAAAAUUCAAGGACGACUUCCGCCGCCAAAGUAUCACGUCACUAGUAAUGGAUUCCGUGAUACAUCGGCUGAAUUGAAAUCUCCUCCGCCAGCUAAUGCUUCCUCUCGCAUUCCUCUGGCAUCGCACAACCGGCUUCCUAGCGGACUUCCGCGUCAGCUGUCCAACUUGUCGAAUAGCUCGCUACUUGACGGACCAAUUGUAAAUAAACCUGCACCUCUCUUGCCACCGAAGAAGCGGGAUUCCCCACCGCCUCCAACCCUUCAACCCAAAUUGUCCACUUCUCGGAUUCCUCCGCCUCAAGUGCACACACCCGUUCUUGCUUCUCCGCUAACGCCGCUAUCGUUGAAGACCAAUUUUUCGCCCUUGCCAGUCCACAAUGCCAGAAUGGUCACACCAACAACGACACCGAUAACGCCAACAACCAAUAACAACGAUUUUGAAGCUAAUCAAACCAAUAAAAUCACGCCGUCUCAGCCUUUGAAUACGCGCAUUCCUUUGCCAAAGUACUCGGCGUCUGAUAUCAGUAAAACUGGGGUCUCGCCCGGAUCUCGAAUUCCGACACGGUUACCUACGCCGACAACGUCGAUUCCAUCAAUUUCCAAAAGCAAAUUGUCAGCGGACUUGACAGGCAGUCCAUCUCUAGCAGCUUACACAUCACGUAUUCAAUAAGCCAUCUUACAAUGGACAGCUGUGGAGAAUACGAGUCAGUAAAGCGAAAGAAAGAUUAAAAGAGGUUGUAAGCAUUUUUUUUUUUUUCUUUUGUUUCAAAACAAUUUUCUGCAAUAGUUAUGUACAGUCGAUUAUUUGAAUGUAUUCAAAUUUAUGCUGGAGUUUUUUUUUUUUCUUUCUUUUAUUAUAAUUUUAUCCCCUCUUAUAACGUGCUCUUAUAUUCGUGUUGAUUCAUCAGAAUCUUCUCCAUCCGAACUUUUUCAAAAAAUGCAAUUGACUUCCAGAAGUAAAGCAAAACAAAAAUCGCAUUUGGAUCAUUCAAGUGACCUGCCAAAAUUUGCCUUUUCGUCUAUCUCGGUCUUCUUUUUUUUAUAUACGGUCGUCUUAACUUGUGUGUAAGUGAUUUUUCAAACCAACGAAAUAUCUUUAUUUGGCCACCGUGACAGAGGAACCUUUAUCAUUUCCCCCCUAUUGUCUUUCUAGUUAGAGAAGUAAGUUGUAUAAUAUCAUAUAACGUUUAUGGACUUUCUUGGGUUUUUCAUAUUUUUAUGCCAGUGACAAUAUACCUGUGUGAGGCAAGAGUAUUUUUUAAAAUCAUAAAUGAAGAAUUGAAUACACUCUUCGAAUAUUGUAAA